AUGCCUUCUGAGGUGGAGAAGGCGCCAUCAGGACGGCAAGAGCUGCCGAUUGAGCCCAAGCUGGCGGGUCGCCACUUGCCUUCGCUUCUGAUCCAGGCCUUUGGAAUGCAAGUCGCCGACAACGUGGAAGAGUUACAGCAAAUGCUCGCCUCUGGUCAGGGCUUCCGGAAGACCGCAACCAGCGAAGCCACCGGCGAGGGAUCUGAGACGGCCACCAUCAGCUUCAAAGAGUUCCUGAUCUUGGCCAGGAGGACCCGCGAGAUGGAGAUGCUCCAGCUCUCCCAGGAGAUGCCAGGCAUGCUCAACACACCUUCUACAGCUGCCAAGGGCGACUUUGAAAAUGCGGACACUGACGGCAAUGGAACCAUCUCGGACAAAGAGCUCGUCAAGUUUCUGGAAGGAAAGGAGUUCACGCCGCUGAAGAAGGUCGUCCAGGAGGUGCUCAUGGAAGUGGCUGCGGAGGCCAUCCAAGGCCAACAAGACCUC